GAGCGAGCGAGCGAAAAAACGCAUCAGUCUCAUCAGAAUCUGGACCUGGAUCAGAUCUGUUCGGGUCGGGUCAAAAUCAGAUCGGAAUUAGUCGGUGAUCGGAGGUCCCGGCAAUCAUGGCGGCGGCGAGACGAUUACGAACACUCCAAUCUCAGCCGGAGAACAAGGUAUGCGUCGAUUGCUCCCAGAAGAAUCCUCAAUGGGCAUCGGUUUCCUACGGAAUCUUCAUGUGCUUGGAGUGCUCCGGCAAGCACAGGGGCUUAGGCGUUCACAUCUCCUUCGUCCGAUCCGUCACCAUGGAUUCGUGGUCCGAGAUCCAGAUCAAGAAGAUGGAAGCCGGCGGCAACGAGCGGCUCAACAAAUUCCUCGCGCAGUACGGGAUCUCUAAGGAGACUGAUAUCGUCGCCAAGUAUAAUUCCAACGCCGCCUCCGUGUAUCGCGAUCGGAUCCAGGCUUUAGCCGAGGGACGACAAUGGAGGGACCCGCCGGUUGUCAAGGAAUCGAACGGAGGCGGAGGGAUGAGUAAGAAGCCUCCGUUGUCGCAGGGCAACGGAAACAAUGGCGGAUGGGAUAAUUGGGACAAUGAUGAUUCCUUCAGAUCUCCAACCGAUAUGAGGCGGAAUCAAUCGGCGACUGAUUUUAGGGCAUCGGGAGCUCGCGGUGCUCCGGCGAAGUCGAGAUCGUCGGAGGAUAUCUACUCGAGGUCUCAGCUUGAGGCUUCGGCUGCGAACAAGGAGAGUUUCUUCGCGAAGAGGAUGGCUGAGAAUGAGUCUAAGCCUGAGGGUCUUCCUCCUUCGCAAGGAGGCAAGUAUGUUGGAUUCGGAUCAAGCCCUGGUCCAGCUCCGAGAAGCAAUCAACAGGGCGGUGAUGUUUUCUCUGUCAUGUCUGAGGGGUUCGGAAGAUUGUCUCUCGUUGCUGCAUCUGCUGCGAAUGUUGUUCAGUCAGGAACCAUGGAGUUCACUUCCAAGGUCAAAGAAGGUGGCUUAGAUCACACGGUGAGUGAGACUGUUAAUGUUGUUGCGAGUAAGACAACAGAGAUAGGACAGAGGACUUGGGGGAUCAUGAAAGGAGUAAUGGCAAUUGCUUCCCAGAAGGUUGAAGAGUUCACUAAAGAAGAAACAUCAUCAUGGAAUCAACAGAAUAAGAACGAGGGCAACGGUUACUACCAGAACAAAACAGCAAAUCCGUCUCUUGGAGGAUCACAUUCAUCAUCAUCAUCAAGCGGUCACCAGAACAAUUAUCGUAACUCGAAUUCUUGGGAUGACUGGGGAGAAGAGAACAACAAUACCAAAAAGGAAGCAGCACAAAAGGUGUCGACUUCUAAUGAUGAUGAUGGCGGUUGGGCUGGGUGGGAUGAUGAUAAUGAUACUAAAGAUGAUGAUGGUUACGAUGGCUAUUAUCAGAGUGCAGGCGAUAAGAAAUCUGUAGGUCACAAUGGGAAAUCAGACACUGCUUGGACUGGUGGAGGUUUUCUCUAGCGGUGUUUCAGGAUUAUGUUGAAGGAAGUUGUACAAUUAAGGAAAAAGCAAAGCCUGUGUUGUGUUUGCUCUGUCACAAAGAGAGAUAGAGCAGAGAGUGGUCAUCUUAACCAUUUGUAGCCAUUACAGGUCUGUUUUUUUUUUUUUUUUUCACAUUAUCGAUUGCUUGGCGUUCAAAUCAUCGAUCGUCAUUAUUUGUUCUUCUACAAUAUAUAGUUUCUUUAUAUCGUCAUUAUAUUUGUACAAGGUUUUUAGGGGACUGUUUGCUAAUCUAUUUGGGUUAGUCUUCAGCUCUGUUUUUGAGAUGCAAACUUUUAUUUACUUGAAAUUUGUAAUGACCACAAACAAUUUUUCCAUUUUAUUUUCUUCUUUCUCAAU